AUGCAGCUCACAGCUUUCCUCCCCGCCCUCCUCAUCUCCCUCCCGGUGGCCUCUCUAGCACAAACAUGCAGCGGCUUCAGCAACUACCAACUCAGUUGCUGCCAGGUUGGCCAGGUAGUCGAGGCUGGCUCUUCGGAUCUCCUCAGUGUGGAGUUUCCUGCCAUCGCCAUCCCCUCAAGCUGUAAGAAUUUCCUUUCCGAUCUUCCAUCUCGGCUUUCAUCCUCCAACAACCGCAUGGCGAAGAGAAAAGAAGAAGGAAGAGGAGGCGGAGGAGGAGAACGAGAAGGAGAAACAAAGGCUAAUAUAGACGGGUACUGUGAGCAGCGAGGAUGCCGCUUGUCUGCCUGUCGUUCCACUCUAGUGACUGCUGGGAAGACGGGUACGAGUUCGGCUGUGGCCGAAGGAGCGGGGAGAUGGUGCUGGAGGAUGGGCAGGCGCGGAAUUGAUGGUUUUGAUACCUUAGAGGGAGAAGUACAAGCGUGUGCUCGCCUGCGGCAGGAAAUCCUCUACCCUGGAUUAGGGAGGUUGAUUGCUAUGAGGUCACACUGGGAGGAAAAGCUGGAAGUGUAG